CCCACCCUCCCUUCUCAUUGAACGCUUUUACGCAAAGAUGACUCACUCUUCUGACAGUGCGCCACUUCUGCCAGGCCAGCCAUCGUCAAGCAAAGGCCGCUCCAAGCCCCCGUUCUCAAGACCUUCCUACCGUCGAAGAAGAUCAAGUUUUGAUGCCACUGUUUACAAUGCUGGAACAGUACCCUGGAUCAAAGAAGAUGAACCUACUUCUGAAGUGGGGGCACAGCCUGAUGAUCAAAAAGGUCUUUCUCUAGCUCAGAUUCUGUUAUUGACCCUUUGCAUGGCUGGUGUUCAAUUCACAUGGACUGUUGAACUCUCUUAUGGCACUCCAUACCUACUUUCUUUAGAGCUAUCCAAGGAACUAACGGCAUUGGUCUGGCUUGCUGGUCCAUUGUCUGGUUUGUUAGUCCAACCUUUGAUUGGUGCUUUCAGUGAUAAAUGUACCUCACGGUUCGGAAAGCGACGCCCUUACAUUUUCGUUUCUGGUAUCUUGACUUGUUUGUCUAUGCUCGGUGUUGCCUAUGCUCGUGAUAUGGCAGACUGGAUCGUAGCUAAUGGUACAUUCGAAGAUGACGAAUCUCAAAAGGCUGCAAGGCGGCAAUGGGCUAUUAUCAUUUGCGUAUCAAGCUUUUACUUUUUGGACUUUACGUUGAACGCAGUCCAAGCUAUUUGCAGAGCCCUUAUCUUGGACAUCCCUCCUCUCUGGCAGCAAGACAGAGUAAAUGCAUGGUCUGCCCGGCUCAGCAAUACCGCUACCGUCAUUGGUCACUUUACUGGAUUCAUGGAUCUCGUCCAUAUCCUCCCCUUCUUUGGUGAUACUCAAGUCAAGGUGUUUUGCGUGGUGGCCAUCAUUGUUUUCAUCACCACUUUAACAAUUACCAGUCUAACAACGAAAGAACAAGUCCAGGAACCAUCUCCUGAAGAUGUGGAUCAACCAUGGUAUCAUACAUUCGCAUACAUCUGGAAGGCUUUCCGAUUCCUCCCACGACCCAUCCAGACAUUGUGCAAUACACAAUUCUUUGCCUGGAUGGGCUGGUUCCCCUUCUUGUUUUACAGCACCGAAUGGGUUUCUGAAAUUUAUUUCCAAACCCAUCCCACUGAUGGCAGUAAUCCUGACGAAUGGGCUAGAGGUACCCGUGCCGGAUCAUUUGCGAUGCUUUGUUACGCUAUCACUUCUGUGGUUGCCGGCGUCGUUCUGCCCAUGUUGGUUACCAAAGAUGGUGUGUCCAAGCACUCCAUAUUCUCUUUAAAGAACAUUUACACCUUCGGCCAUAUCGUAUCUGCCAUCGCGCUUUUGUCUUCCUUUUACGUUGAAACCGUCACUGGGGCAACAAUAGUACUCACAACCAUGGGUAUUCCUUGGGCUAUAGUUUUGUGGAUUCCAUUUUCACUUGUGGGAGAAUACGUCAGUUAUGAAGAUGAGCGAAAGAAAAAAUCCAUUACUCCAGCUAAUUAUGGAGCCGUUACUGAUGCCGCUGCCCCUUCGUCUCCUUUACCAAAAGAAGCAGAUGAAGAGCAGAACCAAGAAGAAUUUGAUGCCGGACUUAUUCUUGGAGUUCACAACAUGUAUAUAGUAUUCCCCCAAUUUGCAGUUGCUAUCAUCGCUGCAGUCAUCUUCGUCGUCGUCGGCUCCGUGGCUCCUGAAGAUCCCGCGCACCCAGCAAAAAGUGGAAUCACUUAUGUUCUUGCUUUUGGUGGUUGCAUGAGCAUGAUUGCCGCCACUGUAUCUCGAUACAUCGUUCGUGUUGUGAAAUAAAGGUUGAACAUGUGAGAGGUGUUUUGUUAUCAUUAUGUUUUUAUUGUUUGUCUUCUUGUGUGUGUGUUUGGUUUUUUGUUUAAAGCCAGUAUUGCUAAAUGUUGCUUUUGUCUCUAGACUAUGGCGAUAUAUCACAGUGUGAUGAUACGAUACGUCUACAAGUAAUUUACAAUCAUAAAAUUUUGGAUAAUCUACGUAAGGCAUCUUGCCUUACGACAAAUCUGCAAUCCACUCAGUUAUGCUGUUGAGAUC